AUGCAGUUCUCCGUCGUCAGCCUCCUCUCGCUCGUUGCCCUUGUCAGCGCCGCCCCUGCUGAUCUCCAGCCUCGAGCUGCUACCAAGUGCGGCAGCGUCUCAUACAGUGCCAGUGCUGUCCAGGCUGCUGCUAAUGCUGCUUGCAACUAUGUAAAGAACGGUGGUCAUGCUGGAUCGUCUACCUAUCCUCACAAGUACAACAACUACGAGGGCUUCAACUUCCCCGUCAGCGGCCCAUACAACGAGUUCCCUAUUCUCAAGUCCGGCAAGGUCUACUCUGGUGGUUCACCCGGCCCUGACCGAGUCGUCAUUUCUAACUCCUGCCAGCUUGCUGGUGCCAUUACCCACACCGGUGCUUCUGGAAACAACUUUGUCGGUUGCUCUGGCACUUCUUAA